AUGUUCGCAACAGCAACAAGGUCAUCAGCCGUCAAGACGCUCUACCAAAAUGUCCUCAAGGAGGCGGAGCGCUCGGCGAAGAACGGACCGCUCGUGACAUACCUGCAGAAAGAAUUCAAGGACGCCGAGAGUGGCACUCUUUCAGACUCGCACAAGUCAGCAAACAGCACCGACUACACACCCUUCAUCGCACCGAACAAGACACCAGCACAGCUGCGCCAGCAGACGCUCGAAAAUCUGCACACUUUCCUCGAAAACAAGGCGCUGCAUGCUGAACUCCUGCAACGAUACAACCCUACCGUGGGCAUGUCUGAGGAAGAACGCGUAAGGCUCACAGCACGCAGAGUUGGACUCGAUGUGCCAAUCACACACGACCCCACCGCCGAAGAUACGUCCAGCAGCAACAGCAGCAGCGGCAACUACCGUGAAAGCGCAAAGAUUGCUCAGGACCUGUACAAGGAGGACAAAGACCAUCGCGAAGAUCAGCUCUAUUCGGGUAAAGGCGAUGGAGUCAACGUCGGCGGUCCACUACGACCUCCCGUUUCCAAGGAUUGA